CUGCCGGCGAGCAGUCCCAUGCACUGGGCACGGUGUUGGGAUGGCAUGGCUGGCCCAGGGCGGCAAGCCCCAGCUCCCCCAUCCCCAGGGGAUGCCGGGCCCCUGCAGACCCCAUCUCUGCCCUGGACUCCCGUGCUGGGCACCAGGGCCUCCACGUGGAGAAAGCACGCUGGUGUUGGGGAGGACGGAGCGUAAGCGGGAUCAAGCCAAGAUUUCUGAAGACUCCGUCCUAGAAGCGACUGAGGGGAGGUUCUGGAGGCACAAGAUACAGAAUUUCUUUGUGAAGCCAAAAAGAAGCACACAGUUUAAGAACCCGGUGGCCUUCCACGUUGGCGGUGGUGACCUUGCCCGGCGCCUGGGAAAUGCGGGUCCGAAGGGUUUGCACCGCCCACCAGCUACGGGCUGUGCCGCUGGUCACAGCCCCCAGGCUCUGAGCAGCGUCCGCCGGGACACCCACCGCGGCCCCCAGGCCCACAAGCGUUUGCUGCCUGAGCCCCCUCUGCAGCGCCCACGCAUGAGGAUGUGCGCCCCUGUCGGGGGGCUGCUUGCUGCCCUCGCCAUGCUGUUUGGGAUGGCGAUGGCGUUUGCACCCAAACCCAGGAUCACCUGGGAGCGCAGAGAGGUGCACCUGGAGAAGUUUCACGAGCCAGGCAUCUUCAACUACUCGGUGUUGCUGCUCAGCGAGGACAAGACCACCCUGUACGUGGGUGCCCGGGAAGCCGUGUUUGCCCUGAGUGCUCACAACAUCUCCGUGAAGCAGCAUGAGGCAUACUGGAGGGUUUCAGAAGAUAAAAAAGCAAAAUGUGCCGAAAAGGGGAAGUCAAGACAGACUGAAUGUCUCAACUACAUCCGCGUGCUGCAGCCGCUCAGCGCCCGCGCCCUGUACGUGUGCGGCACCAACGCGUUCCAGCCGGCCUGUGACCACCUGAACUUAACAUCCUUUAAAUUUCUGGGGAGAAAUGAGGAUGGCAAGGGCAGGUGCCCCUUCGACCCAGCACAGAGCUACACAUCCGUCAUGGUUGAUGGGGAGCUGUAUUCCGGGACGUCCUACAACUUUCUGGGAAGCGAGCCCAUCAUCUCCCGAAACUCGUCGCACAGCCCUCUGAGGACGGAGUAUGCGAUACCGUGGCUCAACGAGCCAAGCUUCGUCUUUGCUGACGUGAUGCGAGAGCGCCCAGAUGGCGUGGACAGCGGGGAUGACCGCGUCUACUUUUUCUUCACCGAGGUGUCUGUGGAGUACGAGUUUGUCUUCAAGCUGAUGAUCCCGCGGGUGGCGCGGGUGUGCAAGGGGGACCAGGGCGGCCUGCGGACCUUGCAGAAGAAGUGGACGUCCUUCCUGAAGGCCAGGCUGAUCUGCUCGCGGCCGGACAGCAACCUCGUCUUCAACGUGCUGCAGGACGUCUUCGUGCUCAGGGCCCAGGGCCUGAAGGAGCCCGUGAUCUACGGGGUCUUCACCCCACAGCUGAACAACGUGGGGCUGUCCGCCGUGUGCGCCUACAACCUGUCCACCGCGGAGGCGGUCUUCUCCCGUGGGAAGUACAUGCAGAGCACCACGGUGGAGCAGUCCCACACCAAGUGGGUGCGCUACAACGGGGCCGUGCCCACGCCGCGGCCUGGGGCGUGCAUCAACCGCGAGGCGCGGGCCGCCAACUUCUCCAGCUCCCUCAGCCUGCCAGACAAGACCCUGCAGUUUGUCAAAGACCACCCUCUGAUGGACAGCUCCGUGACCCCGAUAGACAACAGGCCCAGGCUCAUCCGAAGCGAUGUGAACUACACGCAGAUUGUGGUGGACAGGAUGCAGGCCCUGGACGGGACCGUCUACGACGUCAUGUUUGUCGGCACAGACCGGGGCACCCUGCAUAAAGCGGUCAGCCUGGAGAAUGAGGCCCACAUCAUCGAGGAGACGCGGCUCUUCGAGGACCCCGAGCCGGUGCAGACACUGCUGCUAAAUUCCGAGCAGGGCAGAAGAUUUGUCUACGCGGGUUCCAGCUCAGGCGUGGUGCAGGCCCCUGUGGCCUUCUGCGAGAAGCAUGCCACCUGCAAGGACUGCGUGCUGGCCCGAGACCCCUACUGCGCCUGGAACCAGGCCACCGAGGCCUGUGUGGCCCUGCAGCCGACAGACGGCCCCAGCAGGGAUCUGAUUCAGCGCAUGAGCGGCGACACGUCCGCCUGCCCAGCCUCACCUGUACCCUUCCUUCCUCCGGGGUCCUCCCUGUCCUGUCAGGGCCCCGGCUCCGCUUCCUCUCCCCGAAGCCCCUGGCCGGCCUCGGCCUCGGGGUCGGACAGCAGCCUGCCCACUGCCUUGCUGCCGCCCCUCCUCAGCGACCAGGCCCAGCACGUGCACGCCCUGGGGACCUUCCACCUCUUCUGCCAGGCCACAGGUCCUGCAGACGUUCACUUCGUCUGGGAGAAGAACGGCCGUGAACUGGAGACGUGUGUCCCCACGCAGACCCACACGCUGCUCGACGGCAGGACCCACGUGCUCAGCUGGCUGCAGGACACCACCCGAGAGAGCGCCGAGUACCGCUGCUCCGUCCUCUCCUCCACGGGCAACAAGACCUCCAGAGCGUGGGUCACCGUCAGGAGACAUGAGGCGACCCACCAGGAGCAGUGGACCAGAGAGCUCGCUGCCUGGAGGGCUGUGGUCGGGGAGCAUGAUCGCAUGAUGCGGAGCUGGAGGAAGGCGUGGGAAAGCUGUGACAAGGACCCCUCGUAGACAUCAGCCGAGCCUGCUGCUCCUGGCCAUGCCACCCCUGGAGACGCCCCGGGACGGUGAGCGGCCACCUGGCCCGUUGAGACGUGGCCCCACCUCAACCUCUUCGACAGCAGCCAGAACUGUUUUAAAAACUUAGGUGCUUACAAGGCACAGAAAAGUCUGUCCCACAGAAACGGGCACCAGGAUGGUUAGGAAGCCGCGGAUUCUAUGUGGACACCGUGCGGACAGCCGUGUGUGCGCCGGCUCCUUUUCCAGAAGCACUGCUGCUAGGCCGCGUGGCUACCCCGCCUUCGCCGAGCUGUCCGGGCCCAGAGCGUGCAGCUCACCCUCCCCUGAGCUCCCACACGCCACCAGUGGCAAGAACUGGCCGGACACCUCGAGGGACCAGGAGGUAUCCCCCCCCCACCCUCCAGGAGCUCCUGGGCACUGAAGGCUUUGCGGGCUUCCGCGCAUCACCAAGCAUGAGAGCUGCUCCAUGAGCUUCUGUGCGUGCCCUGAGCUCGCGUGCGGUGGCACCAGUGGGUCCGUCCUGCUCCCGGCGGUGCCACAGGGCGGUGGGGGGGGGGGGGGGGCUGUGCUGUUGUGAGAGUUGCACCUUGGGGGCGCACUGUGUGUGCAGGACACGAAGGCCUGACGCCGCGUAGCCUGGACCCUGCGGACACCUUCUGCUGAAGGAGUGAUGGCCACACCAGCCACACCAGCACACCAGUCCACGCCAACCCAGACCCUCCAUUAGAGAUAGAGCUGUACCUCCCUGUGAGCGCAGCCUGUGUCCGGACCCCCCAUUCUGAGGCCGGGUCUGCCCGAGAGGCCAGCACACAGCGCGCCAGUGUUGCCCGUGAGAGCACGCAUCGCAGCUGCCGCGGGACGGGCCCCGUGGCCCGGGCCCUCCAGGGGGCUGCUCUACUGUGGCCUUGAGACUCGCCCCGGGUCUGGACGUGGCCGGAGCACCUCACACCGACACCACCAGGAGACGUGUGCCCUGAGCCCAGUGGGGAGGGUUUCUGGUGGGGACCCGUGCUUAGAACAGGAGUUUGGGUUUUCUGCUCUGUUGAGAAAAUAAACAGAAAUAAAUGCAGUGAGCGGAGCGCGUGCUUGGGAGGGGCGGCACCAUCAGCAGAGGCCAGCGCGUCACCGGCCGCCGUAGCCUCUGCCAUGGAAGGGACACCAUGGCCGGGCCAACCCCAGCAGUAAGUCACCCGAGCAGCACACCCUCUGGGGCCAAUGCAGAGCUCACACCUCCCUGCUCUGCUUCGGCUUCUCUGCCCCCAGAGCAGCGCCGCGCACAUGCCAGAGGCCAGGGCGCUCAGCAAAGGCCAGCAUCCCCUGCUGCAAGCUGUAAACGUCACGCUCUCCUUGUAGGUUAACUUCAGGACCUCCCCUCUCCCAUCAUCUCCGAUUUUCAAACCCACGACCGUGGACGGGGCACCUGCUGACACAGGGCGGGAAAGCCCUGCCGUGUGUGAUCCUCCCGGCUCCCCCCACCCCAGGAGAAACCUGGGGCGUCACACGGCCCCCGCUUCAACAGCUCCGAGAAGCAGGCGUGCUAGGAGUAGCACGUGCGCGCUCGACAGGACAAACGCUUCCCACGCACCACCCCAGCCACACGGCCCAACCUGUCCACACCGCAGGCCCUCCCUGACCUCACCCCGCUCCACUGUGCCCCCACAGGCCACUUGCCUCUCAGAUGUACGACACCCGACACAACCGAUCGCCCCUCACAGUGUGCUCAAGGCCAACGCGCUCCACUGGUUGCCCCGCACGCGCCCAGUGGCGA